UCCUCUAGAGAUCUUCAUUGACUGCCUGAGCAGGCUGUGAUCGCUCAAACGAUUAGGCGGACAGUGAAUCGUUUGUCCUCUGUCCAAGUCGUCUUGCGCGCUUCGCUUCCCAUCCUUCAAGCCGGCCAUAAUCCAUCCUACAACCUAGCCAAGGUCCAGAAUCCGGCAUUGAGAAGUGUUGCAAUACGACAACAGGAAUUCCUUGCCUGCAGAGGUUUAGGGUUUCUAUAUAGUACAACAACAAGACGAUAACAAGAUGGCGGACAACGAGAAUGUUGGCAACAACAACUGCGUGGCAGACCUCCUCACCAGCCUGACAAGCGAGGAAUACAGCAGACAUGUGUACGAUUUUGUCUGCUGGUGUGUAGGAAAGACCAGGAGGACGAGGGCUUACGUCGCCCUACCCCGACUCGAGACGGGAGGGGAUUUUGAGCAUUGGGACAUGUGCCUGAGAGCUUCGCUCGGCCCACUUUACGACAUCCAUGUUGGCGCCGAGGCUCCGGCGAAAGAGCCGAAGAACAAGGAUUCACAGGAGUGGAGAGACUGGAAGCAAGACCGACAUGACGUUUUCGACCUAAUCAUGGCUUCCAUCCAGCUUUCCGACCUUGCGGACAGAAUGGAUGAGGCUGAUUGGCGGAUGGAAGUGAUGAACCCGAGGCAUACUAAUGAAAUGGUAUACAAGGUCCUCGGAUCUGGUCAAGGAGGUGGAAAGGGAGGCCAAAGCGGUUGACAACCGGAGCAACUGGAGGAAAUGAUGGCUGGGAAUAUAUGAGUGGGUAACUGUCAAUCAUCGGCUCUGCUCCUGCACGGGGUGGACUACUGGGAAUUGCUCAGCUUCUCGUAUCCCGAGAAAGAAA